AUACACUAACAACUCGGUGAAUUGGCCAAACCACCAUCGCAGAUUUGACGAACACGUGCCUCAACGGAACCUCAACCAAGCACACGAUACGCUACAUUCAGCACCACCGGAUUUGAGUUAUUUCCAUCGUCUUUCUGCUUCUUCAUUUCACCUUGUUCGUGGAGACCCAUCAAAUUUGAAACUAAUUCACAGGCACAGCGAUACACACAGAGAUGACGGAGGCUGUGAUUAGGAAGAAGCCAGGUAUGGCGAGCGUGAAGGACAUGCCGAUUCUCCAAGACGGCCCCCCUCCUGGUGGCUUCCCGCCGGUCCGGUACGCCCGUCGGAUCCCCAACAAGGGACCCAGCGCUAUGGCCAUAUUCCUUGCUGCUUUCGGCGCUUUCUCCUACGGGAUGUAUCAAGUGGGUCAGGGCAAUAAGAUCCGCAGGGCACUCAAGGAAGAGAAAUAUGCUGCUCGCAGAGCAAUAUUACCUGUUCUUCAAGCUGAAGAAGAUGAAAGAUUUGUCAAAGAGUGGAAGAAGUAUCUUGAGUAUGAGGCAGAAGUAAUGAAGGACGUGCCUGGUUGGAAAGUUGGUGAGAAUGUCUACAAUUCUGGGAAAUGGAUGCCCCCAGCAACUGGUGAGCUGCGCCCAGAUGUCUGGUGACAGUGUUGUCAGUGUGCAUAUUUAAUUAUCAAGAUUCAGGAAUCAUUGUGACUUUUCCUCAUCUAAGUUUCUUUUUUCACUUGGUGUUGUUUCUUUUCUCAUGAAAUAAAAAUUUAGCUGAUAAACUCCUUGUAUGCACUGAAAGUACUGCCAACAGCAAUUGUCUUAUUUUCUUUCCUUACCACCUUCCCAUCAUUGUCUAAAAAAAUUUUAAAGAUAAAAGAUGUUCUUUUAGUGCAUAAGUUUGGCAGUAAAUGCAGCUAGGCUUCACUCGCCUAUUUCAUAAGAUUUGUUAGAUUAAUGCUGCUCUAUGGCUUUUGAAGUUAAUGAUACUCAUUUUUCUGUUA